GCCGUUUCAAUUCGCAACGUAGUCUACUUCAUAUACUACUAUCACCUUGAUAAUUCUGAAGAUAGUAUUUGGCAGAAGUCGUUCAACAUAAAUUUUGUGAUACAAACUCACUUGGUCUGUUGUUUGAUUUAUUUCCGAACAUAAAAACUUUCAAUGGGAAACUUCCAUAAAAUAAGUCUCAGUGGUCUAUGCAUUGGUCUUGUUUUCGAUAUUUUAGCAGUGGUAACUCCAGGAUGGAUAUAUGUUCAAGAUGCUUUUGCAAGAGGAUUGUUUUAUGGUGUUAAUGAUGGACACGCUGGGAAAGUUACCAUGUGGACAGCAGAUAAGUUAGCUCUGUCGUUUCUUUGCACUGGUGGCGCCAUCCUAAUUGCAGCCAUCGUUUGUUCCAUAAGAAAUUUGAAAGAAAAUAGAAAGGAUUUCAAAAUAAUGGGAGGGUUUCUUGGAAUUAUUGCAGGUUUGUUUAUGAUCACUGGAAUGUCAAGUUACACUGGUCUAUAUAGUGAUUACGUGCAACCGACUCGAGUCAGUUGGGGUUACAGUUAUGUCUUUGGCUGGAUAUCUGCCUGGAUAUGCCUUAUUUCUGGAUGUAUCGGAAUCUUCGGGAUGGUAAAGUCAUACUUGAUGUCAAUUUGAAUAAUCCAAAAUAAAAAGUGAGAAGAUAUGAAGAUACACAAGAAGAUGAAACCGAUCCAUGACAAAUUUCUCAAAUUCUGAAAAAUAAACCACGAUUUGUAUGAUUUGGUUGUUAGACAAUUUUUUUUUUCAGUAAAUCCACACUGACAGAUAAUACUACUAUACAGGGGCGAUUGAAUUUGACAAAAUACACAAAUAACUGUUUUUGCAUCAAUUCCGUGUCUUCAACGUGUAUUCCGAUUCGAGUAAGAUUAGUACUUUAAUUUUACAAAAACUCGCCACAGGUG